CUUAGCAUUAUUGUUGGUAAAAAAGCACAUAAUAAUGAUGAUGAUCUUUUUGAUUUAUUUCUUGAUGUGCGUAUUUUCCGCAUGCGGACUUUUCUGUGAUAAGCCAUGUGACGUAUGUCCGAAAUAUACUAACGGGAUUCCCAAAUCAGACAAUUUCAUAACAACUGUUAAUGUUCCAGCAGAAUGCACCAAUGGAACUUUCAACUGGCAUUAUCCCAAAGGACACACCAUGCUACAUUUUCAAAAUGUGAAAGAGCUGAGAAGAACUAUCUGUAUAAGAGACAGUCAAUGUGGCGAUUUCUUCAAUAUAACGGAAAAGGCUACGAAUGAACGCCUGGGGCCAUUUGAUGAUAAAAUCUCAGCCUGUUUUAACGCAACAUUCGCACGAGACAUUGUUAUUCAAGUGACCGCUCAUCCAGAUAAUGUUUACUUUGGAGGGUUUGAAUACAGAAUAUACAGAUAAAAUGUGUAGAAUUUCGAAAUAAAAUGUGAAAAUAA